AUGAAGUCAAUUUUUGUGAUUCUUUUAUUGUUUGUUGCGCCAAUUUUUGGGAAUAAAACAGUUCGAAUAACGAAAUUCUCCAGCACAGCUUUAGAAAUUGUGGAAAAUUCAAGUCAAAAAUGGAAUUAUUUAUGCAAGACUUUAACUAACAUUAUUUUGAAUACAAAUUUACCUAGAAAUGACAACGUUGAAGUCGCAAUAUUAACAAUUGGAGAUGAAUCAACAAGAUUAAACUAUGAUGGAUUUUAUAAAGCUUUUCAAAGCUAUGGAUCGAGCAAAAUUGCAGUUGAGAUUUUUAAACUUGGAUCGGAUGUUAAAAAUUAUGUCUUUAAGGACUUCGUCAUCUUCUUAUUGGACGAAGUCCUUUAUGUAUCUUUAAAUUUCAUUAAGUCUUAUUUCCACAAGAUCCUCCUAGAUCGGUCAGCUAAAAUAAUUUGCAUCCUUAAUUUCAAAACUUCAUCGCGUAAUUUGAAAUCCUUUUGGAGUGAUCUUACAGGAGUUCAAUAUUACAAUGUUUACAUUAUAAAGCACCAAGAUUCAGGCGAUUUUCAGAUUUUUCGUACAAAAAUUAUCAGAUCGAACAAUGUCAAAUUGCAAAUAUUUCUUGGCAAAUCCUCAGAUGAUAAGUUUUUAACAAUGAGUGAGAUCGUCCCAGAAAACCUACUUCCAAGCAUCCGAGUUCUAUUUUAUAAUUCAUAUCCAAUGUCCUACGUUGAUAAUGGCAUAAUUAAAGGCACAGAAGGAAAUCUAAUUCAAGAAUUUAGUCAUAAAAUUGGAACUCCUUAUCAGAUAGUCAACAAGAACAUAUCAUAUCCAUCAUUAAAUGAAAUCAAGAAUAUAAUUGAAAGUUAUGGUGAUAUCAGCUUAUAUGCUUACAUUAAUGUAAUGGCAGGAAACAUAAAAACAAUUUAUCUUAAUGAAAUGCAUGGGCUUUGUUUAUUGGCACCACGAAAUAUUCCUGUAUCUGCAUAUGAAAACUUUAAAUUCCCUUUGGAUACUCAAACAAUAGUUAUCGCACUCGUAUCAGCAUUAUCAGUCAUUAUAACCUGGAGAAUGCUUACAAGGAGUAUGUCGAUAACAUCAAUAAUAUUUGCUGUUGGUAAAAUGAUCUUAAAUAUUGGCACAUCAGGCAUCGAACGAUUGACAUUCAGAGAAAAUAUUUUGAUUUACUGCUUCAUGUUCAGCUCAUUUAUUAUGGCUACAUUUUAUGAGUCCAUUUUUAUGUCUUUUAUGCUUGCAAAAUCAUCAAUGCGAUCAGCGUACAACUUAGAGGAACUAAAUAGCAGCAAUACAAAGUUCUAUUCAUUUUAUGGUCCGGAAAUUUCUCAAAUCAAUAAUAUGAAAAGCAUUCGUCCUGGUUUAGUAAUGAAUUAUGUUAAGUUCAACCAACACUUGUCUCUUGACGUUCCUGAGGAAUUCGAUGAGAAUUUAGUGUACAUGAUUUACUGUGAUUAUGGAGACUUCUUCAUAGAAUCACCAAGAAAUUAUCGCAAUGGUCAUCGAUUGUUUAACAAGAUCAUUUUAAAUCAAUAUUUUAAGACUUACAACAUACGAAGAGGAUACUUCUAUGUCCAAGAAUUCGAGAAAUUAGUUCACUAUCUCACAGAGGCAGGUAUCUAUAAAUUUUGGAAGAUGCAGGACAGUCAUAAAACAAUAAGGAAUAGUGUAUCAAGGGACUUUUCGACUAUCAAUGCUGAAGAUAUGGGCCUGCCAAUUUAUACUUUAUUUUUCGGAUGUGUUGUAGCUUUAAGUGUGCUACUGUUUGAAAUGGUCACCAAUCGGUUUAGCUACUUGUUAAAAAUACGAAUGAGAUCUAUUACAAAUCAUAAGCUGUUAAAUAAUGUUCAAAGGAAGAAAUUACGACUCAGGAAAUGGUCCCGAGAAUAUUUAUUAAAACAAAAAUUCAGCACUAAGUUAAUAAUGCAAUCAACUGUCAAGACUUUAAGACAUCAAUCUAGUUCAAAUUGCGUAUUGCAUCGCCCAUUAUCAUUAAAACUUGAUAAAAACUACAUUAAAAGCCGAGAAUCAAUUGUUGGAAGCUAUUUUGCUCUCAAGAAGUUUUAUAGAAACUACCGUAGAGAAUUUAAAGUAGAACAUGGUAUAAUUCAAGUCAAGCUAUGUUCUGGACCUUCAACAGGUCAAGUAUUGAUGGAUAAUUCGACUAUAUAA